AUGGCAGUAGAUGAGUUAGGGCAAGUAAAAGGGAGUGGUGUAGGUGGUAUUCGUGUCAAGUACAGUGGGAUAUCGUGUUGUGGAAAGUUAACAAACAGGUUACAAAAUAUUCUAAAAGAUUUUUUGUGGGAAGCUCUGGAGAAGUAUGGAGAAGGGAUUGAGGCAUCGUUCAGUUGUUUAACGGUGGUGACGAUGAUGGCAGAAAUCACGAAUACCGAUAAAUCUUUGGAUAGAGGAAUGUUAGAAAUAUGAACGAUAGUGACAUGGAAGCGACGUGGAGACGGUGAGAGGUGGUCAAUUGCGGAGGAUUGGGUAGAUAAUGGGCUGAGGAAAAGAAGAAAAUUGAGGACUGCUCAGAAGAUAGCUGCGCAGCAUUUAAACUGUUUCACUGGGUACAUGAGGUUUGACACGGCGGAAUUUUAG